AUGGGCGACCCUCUGUUGGACGACCCUCAAUCCUGCGCCGUGAGGAUUGUCCUCGUAGGGAAAACAGCAAGUGGUAAAAGCGCCACCGCCAACACCAUUCUUGGGGAAGACAAAUUUGUUUCAAAAUUGUCUGUCCACUCUGUUACCCCGAAAUGCCAGAAAGCGUUCCGGGAAUGGAAGGGGAGGAACAUCCUCGUCGUGGACACCCCGGGGCUCUUUGACACCAAGGAGAAGCUGGACACCACCUGCAGGGAGAUCAGCAAGUGCGUCCUCUUCUCCUCCCCCGGCCCUCACGCCAUCAUCCUGGUGAUGCACGUGGGCCGCUACACUGAGAAAGAGCAGAGAGUCUUUGCCAUGGUCAAGGCUCUCUUUGGGGAGUCGGUCACCAGGCACAUGAUUGUCCUGUUCACGCGCAAAGAAGACUGUGAGGGCAGAAGCCUACAGGACUUCCUAGAAUUCAGCGGCGUGAGCCUAAGAAACAUGGUCAAGGAGUGUGGGGGCCGCUGCUGUGCCUUCAGCAACAGAGCAGGGAAGGCUGAGAAGGAAGCUCAGGUGCAGGAGCUGAUGCAGCUGGUAGAGAAAAUGAUCCUCGGCAGAGGUCACUUCACUGACAAGAUAUACUUGGGCAUAGAGGAAAGGCUGAAACAGAAGGCUGAGGCUUUGAGGAAAAUCUACUCUGAUCAGUUAGAAAAGGAAAUUAAAUUAAUAGAAAAAGAAUAUGCCCAUAAACCUCAGAAAGAAAAGGAAAUAAGAAUAAAAUUUCUUAAAGAGCUAUAUGAUAUUAAAAUU